AUGGGCUGUGGCAUGUGUCUUUGCCUGCUGAUCUCUCUCGGCUGCGUCUGGGGCAUGGUCCAUGGGGUGAGGGAAACGGUGUUGGGCACCCUGGGGAAGGCGACAAUAUUGCGGAUCCCCCCUGACCUUCAGAACCUCACCCUGGACUUCGGAGCAGCUGUCUGGAAGCGGGACACCGAGGACCCCCAGAGGAAGCUCAUCCUGCUCAAGUACUUAGAUGGCAAGUACACCAACUACAUGCAGGAACGAACCCGCUUCCACAUGUUGGACUUCUCUCUGGAGAUCCUGAACACCAGCCGGCAGGACAGGCAGCUCUACGAGUACAUAGUCAGCAAGGGGCCAGAGGAGAAGGUCUGGCAGAUACAGCUGGAGGUGUAUGAGCCAGUGUCUGAUCCCACCAUCCAGAUCCUUGGCUGGGUGCUGGCCAACGACACCUGCAACAUCACCCUUAACUGCACGGCGGAGCGAGGGGACAACAUCUCGUACAGCUGGGGCAGUGGGGACAACAGCACCUCGGGACUCUGCUCCCACAACAGCAGCCUCCUGCACCUCACCUACCCCCUGCAGAACUCCAGCAUCUCCUGCUCCUGCACCACCAGCAACCCUGUCAGCACCCAGGUCAUUGCCUUCAAUUCCUCCAAGUGCAGCUAUAAGCAAAUGGGCAGCGCCAGGCUGGGGAUGGAGGGUCUCCUGCUGAUUGUGGUGGUGCCCAUAGCUGCAGUGAUGCUCAUCGGCGUCCUCAUGGCUGUCCGUUUGGCCAAGCCCGUCGCCAGCCAGGAGAGCUCACCACUCACUGAGGACAGCACGGUGCACACCAUCUAUUCCCAAGUGCAGCGGGUGCAGGUGAGCCAUGACCAUGCUCCUUUUUGGCCACUGGGUGUCAACACAGCCUUGCAGCUGAUGAGGGAGAGGUCCUGCCCAGCACAAACUGGGGAGGAAAUGGUGGGUCCAUGGAGGGUAGAGGGAAGGAAGGGUCUCCAUGGUGAGCUGUGUGCUACUGCUCAUCCUUUGCUCUCUGUGCAGAAGCAGAAAGUAGCCCCUGCCACCGAGCACCCCUCCUACACCACCAUCUAUACUGCAGCCACCGGCCAGCCCCUGGACACGGCACUGGCCCCCAGCACAGUCCCCUGUGCCCCACGGAACACCCCAGCACAGCCCCACAUCCUGCAGGGCCACCCACCCUUCUUGCAGAGCCCCAGCAAGGAGCCCACGACGGUUUAUGCCAGCGUGAUGAUGCCCAUGGCCUGA